CGUCUGUAAACAACGUCGCAUCGCGGGCUCUGGUCAGCGGCUAAUGGCUUGGUAGCCACGCUCCCUAAUUAGGAAACACUUUUUCUAAUUAUAUAUCCGUGAAAAAUGUCAACUAAACACAAUCCUUGAUUGAUGUACCAAAGCAAAUCAACAAUAAGCAAGUCAACAUAAAAUAUAAGUCCUGAAUUGGAAAUGUUAUAUUUGAUGUCAUCAACAUCAUAUGUAGAAGCAUGUGAUCAUCAGUGUCAUCAGAAAUGAAGAUCAUCCAGACAAGYUCUUUGACUCAUACGUUGAUCAGGUGCUUCUGUUCAAGAUACAAGGAGAGACAGUUCAUUGAUUGGAAAAAGAUUGUAGUGAAAGCAGGAGAUGGUGGUGAUGGUAAUUGUCAUUUAAAAAGAAAAAAGAGACAACCCAGAGCAGGUCCUGAUGGAGGUGAUGGCGGCCAUGGAGGGAGUGUUAUGUUAAUAGCUGAUGGCUCCUUCAAGGAGCUAGCACAUGUACGCAAGCAUAUCAAAGCGGAAAAUGGAGAAACAGGGAAAAAGAAUGAAUGUCAUGGGAGGAAUGGUCUGGACCUUUUGAUCAAGGUACCCCUGGGAACCAUAGCAACACAUCAUAAACAAAUCAUAGCUGAUAUUUCCAGAGAUGGUCAGAAGGUUGUUGUUGCUCAAGGAGGAAGGGGAGGACUGGGUAAUGCACAUUUUAAAUCAGCCACCAAUCAGACUCCAGAGACAUUUACUAUGGGUACCCCUGGUGAGGAAAAAGUAUUGGAACUUGAGUUGAAAACAAUUGCUGAUAUUGGAUUGGUUGGUUUCCCAAAUGCUGGUAAGUCUACUCUCCUACGAUCCAUCUCCCAAGCGAAGCCUGCUGUUGCUGCGUACCCCUUUACAACCCUGAACCCUUUUGUAGGGAUGGUUGAAUAUGAUGACCACAGUCAGAUAGCAGUGGCGGAUAUCCCUGGGCUUAUAACUGGGGCACAUCAAAAUAAAGGUCUUGGGCAUUCCUUCCUACGACACAUUGAACGCUGYCGCUGUCUUCUUUACGUUCUGGACAUCUCACAAUUGAGUSCACAACAACAAUUCACUGCACUUGAAAGAGAACUUGAACUUUACAAAGAAGGACUUUCAGAAAGACCUGCUGCAAUAGUAGCAAACAAAAUUGACAGCGUUGAAGAUAAAACGACACUUGAAAACAUCAAGGAACAGAUUGGGUUACCUGUUAUACCUGUAUCAGCUUUGURCGGYCAUGGAAUCGAACAGUUAAAGARGAAAAUUAGAUUAUUAUUUGAGAACUCCCUUGAGAACUAUCCUCAUUAACGCAGGAUAUUUAAUAGUUAAAUAUAUUUUAUUGAUGAUGAUCAUUUCAACUAUAUUUMACUGUAGUUCAACUGGAUUUCAUUGUCACUGUACACUAUUUGGACUUGGG